UCCUGCAAGAAAAAAAGACAAAGAAAGAUACACUUGAGAAGUCAAAGUGUGCAACGAAGAAAGAACAACGCAGCCAUCAGUAAGAAAGAAAAAGAGGAAAAAAGAUAGAAGUAGAAGAAGGUGAAAGUAAGAGAGAGACGGACAGAGGGUGGGUGGUGGGGGGCUCUCGGUUUAAGAGAGAGGGAGAGAGAGGAGGUCGAAGGGAGUCGAGCGAGGAGAAUGACGGAUAGCCAGCAGCAGUUUUGCUUGCGUUGGAACAACUUUCAAGCUAAUAUCACCAGCCAAUUCGAGGCCCUCAGGGAUGACGAGGACUUCGUUGAUGUCACCUUAGCCUGCGAUGGUAGGCGUCUCCAGGCGCACAAGGUUGUCCUCUCCGCGUGCAGCCCUUACUUCAAGGAGUUGUUCAAGACAAAUCCAUGCAAGCAUCCGAUAAUAUUUAUGCGUGAUGUGGAAUUUGAACAUCUGCAGUCACUUUUGGAAUUUAUGUAUGCUGGAGAGGUUAACAUAUCUCAAGCAGAAUUACCUACAUUUUUAAGAACUGCUGAGUCUCUGCAAAUCCGUGGCCUCACUGACUCUCAAAAUAAUCAGCACAACAACGAAAAGCAUUUGAAGACAAAUAAUAUACAUGCAUCAAAUGGUCGUGGGUUGAUCUCACCAAAUUUAGAGGAGGAGCGUAGUAAAACUCCACCAACUUCAAGUCCUCCACCACUAAAAAGGCUGUGCAAACGAAGUGAUUCGCCUCAAAUAUCUAGUCCAGUACCAGCUGCGGCGGCCUGUGCAUCUGGAACACCACGCACACGGCCAUUAAUUGAGCCACAGGUUCAACUUGACUGUUAUAAAGAUCUCGAUAUUGUUGAGCCAAAAAUAGAAUUACCAGAAUAUGGAAGCGAUGAUGAUUGUUCUCCAAAGCAGGAAGUCAACACACUGCCAAGUGGCUUUCUUAGCCUUGAUGGUGGCAUGGAAGUUUUGCCAUCUUAUCCACCUUCUUAUCAAGGUGGAGGAGCAGGAGGAGGAGGAGGAGGUGGAGGAGGAGGUGGUGGAUCAUUAGAAGGUGGGAUGCCAGGACCAUCUCAUGCUGGAAACACGGAGUUAAAUCAAGAACAGCAAGGUCGAAGGGUACGCCGCGGCAGGCCGCGGCUUGGAACGAGAGGUGGAAAGCAUGGAUCCCCGUCCGUGCAAGGCAAUUCGCCAUCGAGGAGCGAAUGGUUACCCUUGGACAUGAGAACUACUCCUCCUGCUGCGAUGCCUGCUUUCCGUGGUUUCGAGGAAUCCUCUUCCGACGGCGUGGUGCACCUGGGGGAGGGAAUAGCAAUUUGCGAGGAACAACUAAGGGCUGUGAAAUGGAGCGAUUACAGGAAAUUGACACGUGGCCUGGCUGCAAUUUUGUUCAGCCCUACCGAGUUGGCCACUUGCUCGGUAACGGGGCAACGAUGGAGUCGAGCUGGGACUGCCACUGAGAGACCGGUGAAACCUGCCUUGGAUAAGGCCAAAGUCCAGGCUAUCAUAUCUUACGUGACAUCGAGAUUUCCCACAGUCGAUGUGAGCAGUGUGAAGCAAGUGUUGGCUUACAAAUGCAAGGAGAACUCGACAGCGCUCAAGAUGAAAUCUAUUAGAUACAUUUGUGAGAGACAGGAAACGGAAAGAUCACCAAGAGCGAAUCCCGAGGAUAAGUGAGAGGUGAUAGGGGCGCGUUGAACGGGCGGCCAUAUCCGAACAACUUCUCACCGUUCAAUUCAACUUCGAGCUCUUUUUGCGAUUUGCCACUGCUAAUCUUCUUGCUUCGUCCUCUCUCGGCUUCGUCGAAGCUUCGAAUUAUUAUUCCCAUUCGAUUGGCUCAAUUUCCCCUCCAAUUUUCUUUGAUUCGAUCGUUUAACGCGGUAACACACAAUCCUCCGUUCAACUGGAUCAGAACGAUUUUUUUCACUGUUCUGUGUCAUAUAGAAGCUUAAAAAAAUAAAAAGAAAAAAAAAAAAACAAGAAAUUUCAAGGGAUCAAUGGAUAAAAAGUCGAAUUAUCUUUUGAGAGAUGAAUUCUGGCCCAAGGCUGGAACUACUUUCGAGAUGAUGUUGAAACAGCUUAUAUAGGAUCAAUUCGGUUAAUACUUGAAAAAAUUUCGAACGAAUAUAGAGUAAUUUAGACGAACAAUUUAGAUAUCUUCGAGGAAUUGAGAAAGAACGUCUCUUAUACACGUUAUUUUUUCUAGCAACGUGACUUUCGAAAUUCCCGUUCAUUUCCCAGACAUUCGAAUCAUGUUAAGAUUCGAGAUCAAUUAUUAUCCGUAAGAAUCGAUUGAAAAAGAAAAGAAAAGGAAAGGAAAAAAAAAAAAACAACAAGAAUCGAAAAUUUUUCUAUUCGAAAUGGAAAAAGAGACGGAAAAAUUAAAAGUGUCUAGCUAUCCUCGUUAAAAUAACCGAGCCUUACAUUUAUCGAUUAAAACGAUUUCCAUUUUUUCCACGUGCGUGCGUAUAAGAAUCGUCGAAUAACACGGAUGUUAAAUGUAAAUAAUUAAAAAACAAUUUUCGAAAGGAGGAAUGGAGGUGGCCUAUUUGGUUAGAAAAAUCAUCUUCGAGAUAAGAAUUAAGCAAAAGAGGAAAAAAAAAAGAAAUAUUUAUAUAUAUACAUAUAUAUAUAUAUAUGUAUAUGUAUAUAUAAGAGAAAAAUACGUCAAUCUUAACGAAUGGAAGGAAUCGUAAUCAAGUACGCGACUUACAUAGGAAAAAUAAUUAGAAGGGAGAAGAAGAAGGAAGAUUUCGUUGGUAAAAAAAGAAAGAAAAAAAAA